UUAACACCAUAAUUUAUUCAAAAAUAUUAUAGUAAAAAUGUUCAGUAGUACCAGUAUUUAUUACUAAUGAAUCUUAACAGUAAUCAGUAAAGUCACAAUGUUUAUAUGGUUUGAUAAAUACAUUCUAAAAGACAAAACUAACCUAUGGUUUCAAAACUGCAUUGGUCAUAUAAAAUUUAUAUCAAUAAAUAAAUAAUUUUAUGUAUAAAAUAUAUAUUUACAAGAAAUAAAGUUACUUAAAUAUAAUUUAUCCAUACACAUUUUUAUUUCUAUGACCUCUCUCUCUUCUUCUAUCGUCCCUUUCAUGACGUUCAUGAUCUCUUCUUGAUUUAGUCCUUUCUUCUUUUCUAUCUCUCCGCUCUCUUCUUUCAGGUGUUCUUGACCGAUGUCUCCUCUCCCUACUUCUACUCCUUUCCCUAUAUUUUUCCCGGUCUCUAUCAGCACGAAUAUUUUCCCUUUCACGCUCACGGUCCCUUUCUCUAUCUCUAUGUUUCCUGUCUCUUUCUUUACUCCUAUCUCUCUCUUUCCUUUGGGGUGAUCUUUUUCUGUCUUCCCUCUUUGUAGGUUUUUCAGGAGGCAAUUCAUCUUCAUCACCCGAGGUUUCCAUGUUAUCAUCUGCAUCAUCAUCUAAUGCAGAAAUCCUUGGUUCAAGUUCAUUAGCUUCUUCUAAUACAUGUCUCUUCUGCAUUCUUGGUAAAAUGAUAUCAAACAUUCUUUCUUCAUGUAAAAGUGCAUCAAUAAAUUCAUCCAUAUGUACCAGUACAAAUUCACCUUCUCGUGUUUGAUGCCUCAGUUUUCUGCUGUCAUUUAAAAGAGGUUCUAAAUAUUUAUAACAUUCUAUUGAGGAGCCUACUAGUCUCAUAUACAAUGCACCUAAGGCACGGACAUAUUUAAAUUCUUCAUUUUUAAUAAACUCAACUACAAUAUCCUUUUCAGGCUGAAUCUGUAACAUUUUCAAAGUAAGGCAUAGAAAUGGAGUAGGUUUGAUAUUACCUCCAUAAAUACCUCCUAUAUAUCUUAACUCCAUUGCUUUAUCGACGAUUAGUUCUGCUGAAAGGGCAAAACACUCUUCUUUCCAAUAUUUACACUCAUAAAUUCGAGAUCUGAUAAUUUUCUCAAUCAAAAACUGUGGGUUUGUACCUCGUAUAGACUUCGCAUCCUUAACUGUACGAUUAGCCAUUUUAGUUUUGCGAAAUAGAUAUCACCAGAAAGCAAAGAUUAGACGUAAAUCCUUAACAUCACUUAAUCAAAACAUAAUCUGAUACCCCUGCCUGAAACCUCCACCGUCCAGACAGUGUAUUUGUAGCCUUCACUUGUUUACAACGCGGUCCUUUUAUGAUAGACUCUUUAUUUUAAUUCUAGCUCACAAGUUUGCAUUGAUUUUUGUUUAAAAUAUAUCACAUAUCAACUAAAAGAGUUUGUAACUUAAUGGUUUGGAUCAAACUAUAAAAAAGCAAUACCAUUAAUUAUUAAAUUUAAGUGGCAUGUGAAGUAUAACAUUUAAGUACCUUCCCGCUUAUUAACUUUACUGUGUACCAUGUGUUUUUGGUAUAGUGGGUAAAAAUUUGCUAUCUUUUUGACAAAUCUUAAAAGUCAUGGCAAAAUUGUGCUUAAAAAAGAAGAGCAAGAGGAUAUCGGCGAGACUGCGGUAUAAAAUAGAUAAAAAAGUUCGUGAUCACAAUAGAAAAGUUCGUAAAGAGGCGAAGAAACAGCCAAAAUCUCAUAAACCCAAAGUUGUACGUGUACCUCAAGACUGUCCAUUUAGAGAUGACAUAUUGAAGGAAGUUGAAGAUUUAAAGAGAAAAAAAGAGGAAGAGAAAUUAAAGCAAAGAGCAUUAUGGAAAGAAGAAAGGGAAAAAUUGAAACGUUUAGAAAAAGAAGCUGGAGGCUUAGAAGGAUUGGUGGCAUCUGCAGAAAUGAAACAAAAAGUCCAUGAGGCGUUUGAACCUAAGGAUGAUGAAAAACCAUUUCUUAUUAAGAAAGAAGGAUCGCUAAAAGCUUAUUAUAGGGAAUUCAAAAAGGUUGUUCAAGCUGCUGAUAUUAUUUUGGAAGUUGUUGAUGCUAGGGAUCCCAUUGGCACUCGGUGUAAACAAGUUGAAGAGGCAGUUCAGGAAACAGGAGGCAAGAAAAGGCUUGUUAUUGUAAUAAAUAAAGCUGAUCUGAUCCCACGUGACAUAUUAGAUAAAUGGCUCAAAUACUUGAGAGGAUCUUUCCCUACAGUCCCAUUCAAAGCAAGUACCCAGUCACAGCGGGGAAGACUAGGUAGAAAGACGCUGUCUAAAUCAAAGCACAGGAAAGCACAGCAAAACAUCAAAGUUUCGUCUUGUGUUGGAGCUGAGCUGCUUAUGUCACUUCUUGGAAACUACUGCAGGAAUAAGAACAUCAAGACUGCAAUAACUGUUGGUGUCGUAGGUCUUCCCAAUGUUGGUAAAAGCAGCAUCAUUAACAGUUUAAAACGAAAUCGAGCAUGUAAUGUGGGUGCAACUCCUGGCGUUACUAGGUUAAUGCAAGAGAUUCAGUUAGAUUCAAAAAUAAAGCUGCUCGACAGUCCGGGUCUGGUUUUUGCUAAAGAAGCCGGAUCAGAGACAGAUGCGGUCGUUUCUUUAAGGAAUGCAGUUAAGGUUGAAGCUAUUGCCGAUCCGUUUGUACCUGCUACUGCUAUUUUACAGAGGGUCACGAAAGACCAGAUGAUGCAACAGUAUGCAAUUGGAGAUUACGACACUCCUGAAGAAUUCUUUGCAACAAAGGCAAAGAGGCAGGGAAAAUACAAAAAAGGUGGUGUAGUUGAUUUAGAAGCUGCUGCCAGGGGUUUGAUCGAAGAUUGGAAUAGAGGCCGCAUCCGUUAUUACACAGAGCCACCUGCUCAGAAAGAAUGCCAUAUUAGUAGCGUGAUUGUUGACAAAAUGGCUAAAGAAUUUGAUUUUAAAGCACUGGAAAGAAUGGAGGUAGAAAUGAUGAACGAAUUAGAAUCUGAAGCUGCGAAAGGUCCUCUCUCUAUGCUUGAAACUACUGGUAUUGUUGAAGCCAUGGAUCAGGACCAAAACCCUAAUGAAAAUAUUAAGGUAGUUGGAAAAGAGAAUAGAAAAAGAAAACACACAGAGACUAAGCAGGAUAAAGAGGAAGCAAAUCUUGUACCUGCUUCUAGCAAGAAAUUACAGAAGGCAUUAGCCAAGAAGAGGAGAAAAGAAAGCAACAGGAGAGGUUCGCUGAUGAUCUUUUUGCUAAAAAAUUAAAAAAAGAUUGUGGAAUAAAUAAAUUUUGUAAAAAUGCA